UCCCAUAAAGCCCUCACAUCCCAGGAGUCAGCAGAGGCAAAGCAGGAUGGAGCGGCGACGAGUCACUUCUGCUCGUCGGUCCUACACCUCCUCCGAGAUGUUGGUUCGGAGCCUGGGUCCCAGCCACCUCCUAGGUCCUGGCUCCCGCUUUACCCUGGCUCGAAUGCACCCUCCAAUCCCAGCCCGGGUGGACUUCUCCCUGGCUGGGGCACUCAAUGCUGGCUUCAAGGAGACCCGGGCCAGUGAGCGGGCAGAGAUGAUGGAGCUCAAUGACCGCUUUGCCAGCUACAUCGAGAAGGUUCGCUUCCUGGAACAGCAAAACAAGGCGCUGGCUGCUGAGCUGAACCAGCUUCGGGCCAAGGAGCCCACUAAGCUGGCUGAUGUCUACCAAGCUGAGCUGCGGGAGCUGCGGCUGCGGCUUGAUCAGCUCACUGCCAACAGCGCCCGGCUUGAGGUGGAGAGGGACAAUCUGGCACAGGACCUCGGCACCCUCAGGCAGAAGCUCCAAGAUGAAACCAACCUGAGGCUGGAGGCUGAGAACAACCUGGCUGCCUAUAGACAGGAGGCAGAUGAAGCCACCCUGGCCCGUCUGGAUUUGGAGAGGAAGAUUGAGUCAUUGGAGGAGGAGAUCCGGUUCUUGAGGAAGAUCCAUGAGGAGGAGGUGCGGGAACUCCAGGAACAGCUAGCCCGACAGCAGGUCCACGUGGAGAUGGACAUGGCCAAGCCAGACCUCACAGCAGCCCUGAGGGAGAUCCGCACGCAGUAUGAGGCAGUGGCGUCCAGCAACAUGCAGGAGGCAGAGGAGUGGUACCGGUCCAAGUUUGCUGAUCUCACAGAUGCUGCCGCCCGCAACGCCGAGCUGCUCCGCCAGGCCAAGCACGAGGCCAAUGACUACCGGCGCCAGCUGCAGGCCUUGACCUGCGACCUGGAGUCCUUGCGUGGAACGAAUGAGUCCCUGGAGAGACAGAUGCGCGAGCAGGAGGAGCGCCACGCGCGGGAGGCGGCGAGUUACCAGGAGACCCUGGCGCGUCUGGAGGAAGAGGGACAGAGCCUUAAAGACCAGAUGGCCCGCCACCUGCAGGAGUACCAGGACCUGCUUAAUGUCAAGCUGGCCCUGGACAUCGAGAUCGCCACCUAUAGGAAGUUACUGGAGGGCGAGGAAAACCGUAUCACCAUUCCAGUGCAGACCUUCUCCAACCUGCAGAUCCGAGGGGGCAAAAGCACCAAAGAAGGGGAAGGUCACAAGGUCACAAGACAUCUCAAAAGGCUCACAAUACAAGUUAUACCAAUACAGGCUCACCAGAUUGUAAAUGGAGCCCCGUCGGCUCUCGAAACCAGCCUGGACACCAAGUCCGUGUCAGAAGGCCACCUCAAGAGGAACAUUGUGGUGAAGACUGUGGAGAUGCGUGAUGGCGAGGUCAUUAAGGAGUCCAAGCAGGAGCACAAGGAUGUGAUGUGAGGUGGGCCACCAGGUGGCCCCACAGCAUGAGGGGCCUGUAGUGGGAGCAGUAUAGUUGCUUCUCCUUGGAUAGCUCAUUUCUCCAGACCUGAUUCCUAACUGCUGCUCCCCUCCCUCCUCCAUCUCUACACCAGUCUGCUGCCUUAGGCUCAGUCAGCAUUCGGCCUGCCAGAUGGCACCCACCCAGCACCUAGCAACUUCAACUAACAGGGAACUCACACUAAAGGGGCAGUCUAGAAGUGUGGCCAGUAGCUUGGGUUAAAAUUGGGAGUGAAGGAAUAAGUUGGAUAGGGCAGGGGGCACCUACAAAUCACCCUGUUGUUAUGGCAACUGUUGCCAAAGCUGGAGGUCUCUGGAGUCUCUGGCUUUGAGUUUUCUUAGGCUGCUGGAAGGGGAAGUCCUCACAGGCAAGACAGCCCUGGGCAGAGGCUUGUUCUUCUAGAAUGACCCUGACCAAUGUAGGAGAAGUCCUGCUACCUAGACUACAGAGAAAGGUCCCAGGGGGCCUCCUGAGUGGUAAUUCAAAUGUCUUAAUCCCAUUGAGCUGCCAUCCAGGGAACCAGUCUAUAGGCAGGUAGGAGCUUGGUUCUCAGCUCUCCGGGAAUCUAUAGUUAAGUGGAGAGGGAAGGAGUGUUAGAAGAGCAACGAGGGGGACUUCCUGGCCCCUAGGUAUGGAUACAGAGAGGUCAAACCCAGGACGACUCCCACAUCUGGGGUAGAAGGGACACUGGUAGUGAGGAGGCAGUGGGGAUGAUGCCAGACAUCGGAGUGGGGGUUGUGAGUAACAAGUUACACUUGGCCUCUGGGACAUGGGAAUCCAGAAAAUGACUCAUCCUUUUGAAGAUGCUGAAACAGGGGAGAGAGGGCUGCUUUCCAUGGGGGCAGAGUACCACUGUCUCAGUUCUGAAGGCCUCUUAUGUGCUGCAUAAUCUUUAACCACCCAGGCCUCAGAGCCCUGUGACUGCUGCCUCCUGACCACAGUGAGGCCACUACCCUCCACCUAACCUUCUCCACUUGUAAUGACUAGCUGCUGCUCUUCCCUACAUUAAGGGCCCCUUGUGUCCCCUCUUACCUGCGUAUAGAAUGUACCCCACCUGUAUUUUAGGCAGCACCCUAUUUUAUAGUUUGGGAAACUGAAGCAUGAGCAGAGCAAAGAUAAUGGCUCAUUCUUCUGCAGCCUGAAGCAAGGGCACUCGGGCAUACUCUUCCACCCCAGAACACCUGCUCUACUCUCCAUGGGCAGGCUGGUGGGCAGGUGGUAGAUAUUUGUGCCCAGAAAUGGGGCUGGAAGGGCUCACUCCAUGGUCCUACUCCCCUCUGAGGCCAAGAAGGAAGGGGGGGUCCCUCAGGGGAUCCCUCCCUCUUCCCAAGACUUGGUGCCCUCUCUUCACUCCUUGCUACCAUCUGCUGCUGCUGUUGCUGCUAACUUCAGGGAAGUGCCACCAUCUUUACUCACUGAGGAGAAAUAAAGAUGCAUACCAUGGCCUUCCC